AACUUUCGUUUUCCUUCAGCUGCCGCGGCAGGUCUUCUGGGUGGAGCCCGAGGUCAGUGAGUGGAUCUGAGCCCAUCUGCCCAGGCCCUCCGGUCCUUCUUCUCAGUAUUGAAGAACACUGAGUGGUUGGUGGAAGGCAGAGUUGGGGAGACUCCGGAGGAAAACCUGAAGCUGCUUGGGGACGUGUGAGCAAGAGAAUCCUAGAAGCUGGGACGAGCAGGAGCCCGCUGCCAUGGCUUCAGGCAUCCUGGAGAACAUACGGGAGGAGGUGACCUGCCCCAUUUGCCUGGAGCUUCUCAAAGAACCUCUGAGCCUUGACUGUGGCCACAGCUUCUGCCAAGACUGCCUGACUGUAAACAGCAAGAAGUCCAUGAUGGGCCUGGAAGGGAAGAGCAACUGCCCUGUGUGCAGAGUCAGUUACCAGCCUGGGAACCUGCGACUUAAUAGGCAUGUGGCCAACAUAGUGGAGAGGCUUAGGAAGGUCUCGCUGAGCCCGGAGGUGGAGCAGAAGGGAAAUCUCUGUGUACACCAUGAAGAGAAACUCCUGUUCUUCUGUAAGGAGGAUGGGAAGGUCAUUUGCUGGAUCUGCGAGCGAUCUCAACAGCACUGUGAUCACCAGACCUUCCUCGUGGAGGAGGUUGCCCAGGAGUACCAGAAGAAACUCCAGGAUGCUCUGGAGAGGCUGCAGGAGGAGCAGAAGGAAGCUGAGAAGCUGGAAGCGCAAGUCAGAGAAGAGGUCUCUGCUUGGAAGAAUCAAAUACAAAGUGAGCAACAAAAUGUCCAGGCAGAGUUUAUGCGACUGAGAGGGAUCCUGGAAAAUGAGGAGCUGAAGGAAAUGCAGAUGCUGAAGGACGAGGAGAAAGUUAUUCUGAGUGACCUGGCAGACUCCAAGGAUGAGCUGGCCCAGCAGACCCAGCUGGUGGGAGAGCUCAUCUCGGAGGUGGAGCGUCGUUUGCUGGGGUCCAAACUGGAGAUGCUGCAGGAUGUGAAUGACAUCUUGAAAAGGAGUGAGACUUUGACGCUGAAGAAGCCAAAAGCUUUCCCCAAAGAACAAAGGAGAGUGUUUCGAGCUCCUGACCUGAGGGAGAUACUGUGUGUCUUUAACAAGCUGACGGAUGUGCGGCGUUACUGGGUUCACGUGACCCUGAAUAAUCUCAAGAUUAAAUCGGAUGUCACCAUUUCUGUGGAUAGGAGACAAGUGAGAUACGCGCGCAAAUUUGGACUAAGCAGUACAUGUCCGAACGGUGAUUUUGAAGAUUGUAGUGUCCUGGGCUACCCACUAAUUUCGUCAGGGAAACAUUAUUGGGAGGUAGACGUGUCGGGGAAGAGAGCCUGGAUCUUGGGGGUGUAUGGUAGGAAACUCUCCAAUUGUUUGUUUUGUUUCAGUAAAAGUAAUCAACAUCCUUACUGGAGAUAUAAACCAAAAUAUGGCUACUGGGUUAUAUGGUUAAAUGAUAAGGGUGAAUAUAAUACUUUUGAGGAGUCUUCCUCCUCGGAUUCCGGGCCCUUAACCCUCUCUCUUGGUGUUCCUCCCCGUCGUAUUGGGGUUUUCCUGGAGUAUGAAGCCGGCACUGUCUCAUUUUUCAACAUCACAAACCAUGGCAGUCUCAUCUAUAGAUUCUCUUCAUGUCCCUUUUCUCAGGCGACAUUUCCGUAUUUCAACCCUAUGAAAUGUCACAUCCCCAUGAUUCUGUGCUCGCCGGGCUCUUGAACCCUCUUGCAUCCACACCCACUUCUCAGUAAUGCCUCUUGCUGCGGGUGCUUCUUACCUGCCUGAGCUCAUCAGCGCCGUUGUCCCUUUAUCCUUGAUGCCUCCCUGUUUUCCACUGGACUGUCCUUCAUUCAUCAAUAGGGUAUAUGGUUUGCCUUGAGUCAUACUUUUCUCAAUAUCAUGUUUGCAUGAGGAGAAAAUCUUAAUCCAUCAUUUUCCAAGGGAAAAUGAGUGAUGCCUCAUAAAGAAAGAGCAGUAUUGAGGUAGCACCUCUGCCAAAUUACCAUCUCAUUUCCAAGAGUAGAAGUUUUGUGUCCAGAAUAUCUAAGUCCAAGUUCUGUCUUGCUACAUGUUAGCGGUAUAACCUUGAAUAACAUUCCUAAGCAUCGUGUUUAUUUUCCUAAUGUAAUCUUGGUAUCAAAACUGCACCAUACAUGUAAUCAUGGUGAAAAUAUAAAUGCUAUUAAGUGUAAAGCAUAUAAGUGUCUCAAGUUAAUAAUAAAUAUGAGCUCUCUAUAUUGAUAACUGAAAAAUGUAACCUGUAUCAGUCUCUUAUUAAAAACAGGCUUGUGCUUUCAGGAGCUCAAGGGUUCUUUUUACUGAAGUCUCAUUUUUCAGGUCCCAGAUAUUCCUGUGUUCCUGUCAGGUCUACUUCAGCCACCCCUGUUGGUGAAAAGCAUGUGUAUGCAUUUGUGUGAUCAUAGAAUUUUAGUACAAUUCUGAUGUUGCUAUAUACUGCCCCUUAUCAAGUAAAGUAAUUUCUGUGGGAUCCAGGAUCAAGUUUUUAAAAAAAAAUACAAAAUUUACCUUAUGUAGUACUGUGAAAAUUAAACAACAAAGCAUUUUCAAUAAAUCCUAUAAUUUCUGCAGUCCAA